AUGGACUCGGUAGCUGUCGCGUCCAAGGCGGCGUCGCUCGCGUCGCCCAAGAUUGUUAAGAAUGCGAAGGGCAACAUUGUACCAAGUAGCCAAAUGGCACAUAUUGCCUAUGGCUGUGAGCAUAUGGGUGAGAUGUUCGAGAAUGCACGCAAGCAGACUCUCCAACAGUACCGAGCGAUCCUACGAAAUAUACACGAGAAACCAAGCAUAAUAGCGCAGACUCACAAUUCGUCCAGCGAUGCGCAGCAUGUUGUAUCCCUGAGGCCGCUCUACCUGUGUCUACAGUGUCCCAACAUCAUGAUCGAGGCAGAUCGAGAUUCACACUUUGAGACCAAAUCGCACUGCUUUUCGGUGGAGUCGCGGGAGGGCAACGUCUAUUGUGGCAACUGCCAGGAUUUCAUCUACGAUGAGGCGCUAGAGGUGUUGAGACAACAAAAAGGCAAGAAGCGCAAGUACGAAGACACCACCACGACCGACGAUCACAAGCUUGUUGUGAGCAACUCUACCUUCCUCCCAUGUCGAGCGAUUGGUCUGCGCGGACUGUACAACAUGGGCCAGACGUGCUUUAUGAGUGUGAUUCUACAAACGCUCGUGCACAAUCCCUUUAUACGUAACUUUUACCUCUCGGAAGGACACAGGCAGGCGGAUUGCGAGAAAGAGGCAUGCGUCAGCUGUGCGCUCGACGAGAUGUUUGUCGAGUUCCACUCGGCCGAGAAGACGGAAGGAUUUGGGGCUGUCGGCUUGCUGAUGGGCAGCUGGCUAGCCGGAGAGGCGCUGGCGGGAUACCAACAACAGGAUGCGCAUGAGUACAUGCAGUUCAUAUUGAACACGUUGCAUCUGGCGAAUGGCGGGACGACUGACUCGGAAGACUGCAAAUGUGUGGUCCACCAGACCUUUUGUGGAAAGUUGUCAAGCACAGUGACGUGUGACAAUUGUCGCAAUGUGACUACGGCGCUUGAUCCCUACAUGGAUCUCAGCCUUGAUGUACGGAACCAGGCCAAGAAGAAGAAGCUCAGCGCAGGAACUGGUGAUGAAACACCCCUGGAUAUACGCGAUUGUCUGGAAAGGUUCACAGUCAAGGAGAGACUAGGUGCAGCCGAGUACACAUGUCGUACUUGCGACAGCCCUCAAAACGCAACCAAGCAGCUCAGCAUCAAACGACUUCCUCCCGUCCUAUCCAUUCACCUCAAGCGCUUCGAGCACGCGAAAUCCACAUCCUCCAAAAUCGAGACCAAGGUCACUUUUCCGGUCAAACUCGACGUCCACCCUUAUACCACUGCUCACAAGGCGGCGGUCAAGGCACUGGCCUCGAAAUCCGCAAGCCUCGACUCGAACCAUAACAUGAAUUCUCCGGCUAAUAGCCUCGUGUACGAGCUGUCAUCGGUGGUCGUGCACAAGGGCAAAAUGGACUCUGGACACUACGUCAGUUACUCGAGAGAAGGCAACGACUGGUUCAUGUUUGAUGAUAGCAAGGUGGUGCUUGUUGGUGAGGCAGAAGUCCUCGCUGCAGAAGCCUAUCUCCUCUUUUACAUGGUCAGCGGGCUCGAGGUAUAA